AUGGCCGAGUUUCAAAUCAACAACGAGGAUCUGACUAGCCUCAAGGGCAAAGUUGUCAUUAUCACAGGCGGCUCCUCGGGCAUCGGCCAGGGCACUGUCCAGCUGCUGGCCUCUCUAGGGGCUUCUGUCGUCAAUGCCGAUAUUGCACCCCCUGCCGAGUCAGCAGACAAGGGCGUGACCUUUAUCAAGACAGACGUGUCAAAGUGGGCAGACCUGACUGCCCUGUUCAAGAAGACCAAGGAGCUCCAUGGUCGGAUUGAUCAUGUCUUCGCCAACGCUGGACUCGGUCCCCGAGCCGACUACUUCUCCACAGAGGUGGAUGAGAAUGGCGACCUGAAGGAGCCAAGCUACGACCUCCUGGACGUCAGCUUGAAGGGCGUUAUCAACACGACGACACUCGCCAUCUACUACUUCCGCCAGCAGUCCGAGGGCGGCAGCGUCGUGAUCAAUGGCUCUGUGAUGGGCAUCCAGCGCUGUCGGGCAGCCGACUACGCGACGGCCAAGGCCGCUGUGCACGGUUUCGCAAGAGCUCUCCACCCGUGCAUCGCCGCGUACAAGCUCCCGAUCCGUAUCAACGCGGUGGCACCGACCUGGACGAACAGCAGCGUCCUGCCUGGCCUGGAGAGCAUCAUGGCCAAGAUCGGCGUCGAGGUGCAGCCCGCCUCGGCCGUCGCGCGCGCGACCGCCCUGCUGAUGGCUGACAGCGCCCGACACGGCCAGUCAAUCCACGUCCAGUGCGGCAAGUUCAAGGAGAUCGACGAGGCGGUGCUCCUGCCCCAGGCUGAAGCCAUCAGGGGUCCGGACUACCCGAGCGAGGACUGGGUGCUGGAGAAGGCCAUGGAGAUCUUGGCGGCGGAGGCGGCGAAGGGGCAAGCCUAA